AUGAAUGGAAUGGGUGGUUUCGAAGUACAUGAAUGUGAUUUAUUUGAGCAUGAACCUUACACGGUUAAUUGCCUAGCGCUAGAUGAACGGCAGGGUAUCCUGUCUGUUGCUCGACAUUCCGAUUUCGGGGAUAGAAAACGUAAUGGCGUGAUAGAAUUUUGGAAUGUAAUUGGUACACCAAUGUUUUAUGUCCGAAGCACAUUUCUUGGAAAUAAAACUGCCGAAUCACUGCUUUGGAAGGGCGAUAUUUUACUUGCCGCACAUCUUGACGGUUCGAUAACAUGUCAUCGUCUUCAUACUUCGGAAUACUCUAUUGCUUCACUUACACCAAGUCCAUUGUGGUGUUUGGCCUCAAUAACAGGAAGCGCCUUUUGUGCUGGUUCAGAUUCAGGAGCUGUGCUAAUGCUCUCUUUGGAAGAGAAUGAUCGUAUUGCUUUGAGCAAGACUGUAUCUAUUGGCUUUGGUGUGCACGUUAUGUCACUGGCAUGCAAUAGCGAUAUUAUCGCUGCUGGAACGAUGGAUGAAAUCAGUCUUAUAAGCGUACCGAAACAACGAAUAGAACAUAGAAUGAAAUUACCUCGGAUCGAAAAACGGAAACCAACUGUUGUUUGGUGCUUAUGUUUCAUUGGCGAUUUAUUGGCAUCGGGUGAUUCACGAGGGUAUGUAACAUUCUGGAAUACAUCGAAUGGAGCAUUUUCACAAUGUUUACAAACACACCAAAGUGAUAUUUUAUCGCUAACUGUGGUGAAUCAAUCACUUUACGCUGCCGGUGUAGAUCCUACGAUUGCUCGACUUGGGCUUAAUCAGGAACGUACUGCUUAUCGCGUUGAACAUCGAAGGACAAUUCAUAGCAAUGACGUAAGAGCUCUGAUUGCAUCAAAACAUACAACAUCUCUCUAUUCCGGUGGUGCCGAUUACUAUUUUUGCAUCAGUAAUCGUUUUAAACAUGCUGAUGCUUUAAAAAAUAUAUUCUGUAGUGUCGCGGUGGAUGCGAAUCUCUUUUCCUACCAGUAUGAUGAUCGCAUUGUUAUUUGGGAAGCUGGUAAACCCAAUACAGUAGCGUCAGAGAAAGGAAUUUAUUGCUUGUCAAGGGGUCCGGUUAAGUUAGCUCAAUUACGGUCUCAUCGUGGAGAAUUCAUUAGAUCAAGUGCACUUAACCGUGAAGGUAGUUUGUUGGCAGUAUCUACAGUUUGUACAACAACCCUUUACAAACUGGAUCUCAGUUCCUCAAAAGAACCCAGUAUAUCUGUCAUGAAAAGAAUGGAUAUUUGUGGGACGGGAUUGUUAUUUACAUCAACGUCUUUAUUUAUUGCAUCCGGAUGCCUUAGGAUAUCUGGCUUAUCAAUUGGUGAUCCGAUACCAGAAUAUCCAGAUGUAAUCGCCGAAAGAGAUAAUGCCGGUGAGGUAGUUCGAUUACACCCUAACAUAACCGAAACGUCGGUUGUAUUGCUCACAGCGCGAAAUGAAAUUUUUGUUCUGGAAAUCCGCAAAAAGAUAUUGCGAAAGUUGGAAAUUCCCGGCACAGACAUUUUCAUCGAUGUUCAAUUUAUUAAUUUUGCUUCGCUCUAUAUUCUCUGUGCUGAUAGAAAGCAUACACUUAUCGAAUAUAAUACCGAUACAAAUAUUCUUAGUGGUAGUACGAUUUCAACGGAAGCAUUAUGCAUGUUAACAGAUGAAUUAGUUUUACAAAUGGAUUGCAAUAGUUCAAGUGGUGUUGUCUUGAGUGGUUCACGAGGCAGUUUUCGGGUUAUUGCGCUUAUCAAUGGAAAACGAGUACUGCUAUAUGGACCAGAAGCGUGCGCACUAAAGAAAACGGAAGGAGGCGAUGGAGUAUGCUUAAUGCGUAGGGAUCGAUGCAUGCAGGCCUACUGGUUAUCAGCCCGAAAAUUGCUCUUCACGACUCCAAGUAUGCUUGCCGAACCUUCCCAGACCGCUUUUCGACUUAAACGUUACGGCCUGAAUUAA